UUGAGAGUGUGGAGGACAGAGUAACCGCGGCAAGCUCGCACAGAAACAAGACAGGGAAUUAAGCACAGAACACGGCGGAGAGGAGCCGCGGCCAUCAGAGACCCACACAGAGCGGGGGAGAAACGGUGUCUGCUCCCAGCUGAUAGAUGAAAGAAGCCAUGCCGGUCCUCUCUGCGGGUGCGGGACUGCAUGAAACACUGGCCCUGCUGACCUCCCAGCUUCGUCCAGAUGCCAACCACAAGGAGGACAUGGUUUUCCUGAAGGAUGUCUUCAGUGAGAAGAGCCUGGGCUACCUGAUGAAGAUUCAUGAAAAGCUGAGACAAUAUGAACGGCAAAGCCCAACCCCCAUCCUGCACAGUGCCUCCACUCUGGCAGAGGAUGUGGCAGAGGAGCUGCAGAGCGGACCAAUGAGCAGCGACGAGAAGGAACUCCUGCAGCUUCUGACAUCACCUCACCUCAAGGCUGUGUUCACGGUGCACGACACAGUCGCUCAGAAGAACUUUGACCCUGUCCUGCCGCCGCUGCCGGAUGACCUGGAGGACGACCUGGAAGAGGAGUCGGUGAAGAUUGUGCGGCUGGUGAAGAACAAGGAGCCGCUGGGGGCAACCAUCCGGCGAGAUGAGACCACAGGGGCUGUGAUCGUGGCCCGCAUCAUGAGAGGAGGGGCUGCUGACAGGAGUGGUCUUGUGCAUGUGGGUGAUGAGCUGAGGGAAGUCAAUGGUAUUUGCAUUGUCCACAAGAGGCCUGAGGAGAUCAGCCAGCUACUGGCCCAGUCUCAGGGUUCUAUAACUCUCAAAAUUAUCCCUGCAAUCAAAGAGGAGGACAGACUCAAGGAAAGCAGGGUGUACAUGAGGGCCCUGUUCGACUAUGUUCCCUCUGAAGACAAGGCCACGCCCUGCCAGGAGGCAGGGCUCCCUUUCAAACGCGGGGACAUUCUGCAGGUGGUGAGCCAAGACGACCCCACCUGGUGGCAGGCCAAGAGGGUAGCGGACAGUAACCUCCGAGCCGGGCUCAUCCCCUCCAAACAGUUCCAGGAAAGACGACUGGCCUACAGGAUGAAAAUGGGAACCCUUCAAAGCCCCAAGUCCCCCAAAAGACCGUUUUAUGAUCAGGGCUGUGACAAAGAGGACUGUGACUGUGAGGGCUAUUUCAAUGGACAGUACAUAGUUUCUCCAAAGUGUAAACCAGUCGCGCCUUCCUGUGGCCAAGCUUUUUCAUGGGAGUUUUACACAGCUGGCCUGAGAAGAAGUUUCCGUCUGAGCCGAAAGGACCGGCAAGGAGAGCCCCGCUCCCAGGAGCCCAGCGAACCAGAGUUUCUGACCUAUGAGGAAGUGGUGCGGUACCAGCAGAGGCCCAACGAAAGGCCCCGCCUGGUGGUGCUGAUUGGCUCCCUGGGUGCCCGGAUAAAUGAGCUGAAACAGAAGGUGAUCGCGGAGAGCCCCCACCGCUACGGCGUGGCCGUACCACAUACCACCAGACCCAAGAAAAGCCAUGAGAAGGAAGGAGUGGAGUACCACUUUGUCUCCAAACAGGCAUUCGACGCAGACGCCCAGAACAACAAAUUCAUUGAACAUGGCGAGUACAAGGAGAACCUGUAUGGCACCAGUAUGGAGGCCAUCCGCACGGUGCAGACCAAGAAUAAGACGUGCCUGGUGGAUGUGCAGCCAGAGGCACUGAAGACCUUGCGCACAGCAGAGUUCAAACCCUACAUCAUCUUUGUGAAACCACGGGUCCCAGAGAGCCAACGACGCUGCAGUAGCGGCACCCCACCAGCAGGUGACGAGCCAGGCCGGAUUACGGACGAGGAAGUCGAGGAGAUGCGCCAGUCUGCGCUGCAGAUCGAUCAGCAGUACGGCCACCUGGUGGACCAGAUCCUGGUGAAGGAGGACACAGCCAGCGCCUGCACCGAGCUGCGGAACAUUCUGGAGCGGCUAGAGCGAGAAUCCUUCUGGGUCCCCAUCAGCUGGGUGCGGACCUAGCGACAUGUACCAGCUCACCCCAGCCUACCCACUGGCACUGCCCCCCCCACUUCACUCCCCUCCAUCUCUCCCACUCCCUCUGCCAGCCCCAUCUAUAUCACUGUCGGCCUAAGGAAAGGACAUGCUGAAACCAGCUCUGAGCCAGCUAAAUGGAGGUAGAUUGGGACGGAGGGGGUUUAGCCCUUAGGGAAGCUUUCAACACCAAACCAGGAACUUCAAUGGCCAAGGUGUUGGAACUUGUGACAAUUCUGACACAUACUGUAUCUAAUCCUACUGGGUUCUGAACCUCGACUGAGACAGUACGGACCAGACCAGCUCAGCAGAAACAGACAUGCACGUUCCCAUUGUAGUGUAAUUGACUGAGGAAAUCCCCUCAACAUGAUGACUGUCACUAUGUAAAUAAAUCAGGAACACAGACGUGUGGCCAGCUGGCUGGUGGAUGGAUUGUUGAACUUUGCCAUAUUUGGGCUGAAGCCUGAUGUAUAUGACUAUAAUUUAGAUUUUUUUGGGGAUAAAUUAUUGAUUUAUUUAAUUUCAAUUUUAAUUUAUUUGAUGCACAUGUUCUCAUAUGUCCUACUAUGGUCAAUUUUGUGUUACCUCAUCCUACUGGAACCCGAAUGAGCCAUAACUCACUGACCUCAAUGCUAUGGACAUGCUGACUUUCGAUUUACACACAGUGCACACUUGUCUGCUGUUGACUCAGAGGUGUCACACGGGGGUGUCUAAAUCAGUCGGAGAAGAGUGUACAUUGUGUGCAAAGAAAAGCAGCUUGCCCGUUUUUGGAACUGGAUGCUGGGAUAGGGUAAAUUGGCUGUGCACGCAGCAAGGCUUUGGCACUCUAAC